GGCGGCAACCCGGUCGGUCGCCCGAAGAAGGUGCAACCCUCUCCGCAGCCGACGACCGCCGUCGUACCUUCACCACAGGUCGAUGUCGUGGACGUCGCCGUUGGGGUCGAUCCCUAUUCGCCGCCUCCGCCGGGUCAUCAACACUAUCACCACUAUCACCACCAUCACCAUCAUCAGAUGGCACUCGCGCAUCCGAGUCUGGCGCCCCAUUCCCACCUGCAGGCAUCCAGCUAUCAGGACUGGUCACCUUGGGCCCAAGAUACCUGCGAUUGAACCUCCUCGCUGGAGGAGGACCAAAGGGCAUCGUGAUGAAGAAGGAGCAUCGACUUGUCUAUCGUCGCGAGUUCAGCCUUCCUGGGGGAAUGGCUCGGAUCGAGGAUAUGACAAUUCCGUUUCGAACCUUGCCAAUGUGCGAGUCUACGAGUCCGAGUGUUCCGAACCUGACUUCGUGAUAUUGAAUCAUGUGUUUGAACUUGCCGCGGAUACUGGGCCUUUCUUGGCACCGCGAUGUUGAACAUAAUUGAACUUGCCGCGGACACACCAAGCAUCUCUCUAUGCUGCGAUGAGACAUUGACGUGUCGAGUGCGUCGAAACUUGGCGCAGGUGCUGAAAAUCCCCGACGCUAAAAGACCAUUAACUGUCUUUAAAUGACUCGCGAAGCCGUGGAUACUUGGAAACUUUACACGGAUCACCUCGAUUUUGUAGUGCGAGUUUCUCGGAUUUAAUACCGUUAAAUAUUGAAAUCAAGGCGAUGCUCUCGUGAAUACCGCGAGCCAGAGAACAUCUCGGCUCAAUCUCGGACGACAUUAUUCACUUGAAUUAAGACUCCGUUUCCGAUCUCAUCUCUCCUCGGAGUGAGAUAAUGUUCGAUGCGUCUGCGACAUGUUGAGACGGCACUUGACAUCGUGUUGGAAAAGCAUCUCCGCUGCGAAUUCGCCGGUCUUCUUAAUAAUAAUCUUUGCUCAAUUGUAAAGAAUCGAAGAAAGUCUAAAUAAAACGACCCAUCGUGCAUAUACAUCAGCCGCAGUAGUGACGUCAGUUUUCUCUUCUCUAAGACUCUUCACAGCCAUCGUUGCGAUCACCUCGACACACGGAAUGCGGAAUGUAGAGUUGGUUGAAUGGCACUUGUCGUUGGCGCGCAAGCGCUUUCUCGCGCGUUUGUGAAAUGUCAAAAUUGCUCCUCUAUUCGAUCUUAUCACUCUCCAAGUCAUUGGUCGAGCGAGAGGAUUAUCAUGGCUCAUUGCCACUUUCAGUCGGCAAAGUUUAAAGUUUUGCAAGCGCGCACUCUUCUCGAUUUCUCAUUAUUGCUACUUUGAGAGUAAGUCCGCAAAGUGGCAUCUUGUGCUACAUCUAAUACGUACGAUCGAUGAAGAUCUAAUGCGAAUCUGGUGCGGAACGGGUAGUCGAAAAAAGCAAAAGAAAGAGAGAUAAUUUACCGGCGGCGCAGCGAUCGAAUGAGAAAACGACGGUGUGCAGUUCUGGACCCUUAGAAAAUUAUUUUUCUUUCAAAAUCAUCGCUUCUGUCGAUCCGCCGCUGCGCUUCGUAAACUCAUUAGGCGGCCCUUGUUCCCGCCGUCGUUAAUUGAGUGCCGAGGUGAGACGAACGACACGGAAUUAUCAUUCGAAUCCUCCUUGUUAGGCAUCCUACUUUUCUCUUUCUCGCUCACUUAUUCUUUUCUUCUCUCUCUCUCUCUUCCUUUUUUCUGUCUUACUUCCGCUCUUGCUAUCUCUUUCUCGAAAAUACGUCGAAUUUCCAUAGCAGCAUAAUCAAUUAUGUCUGCCGUACAAGAAAUCUUAUACAAUUUCAUCGCUUUGACAUUUCCCCGACACAUCCGGCUUAAAUUUAACAUAAGUGUGUAAUCGUAAAUAUAUUACGAUGUUACAUGUAGAGCGCAAUACGAUCAUGUCUUGUGGAGAGAGAAAAAAGCUCAAUUGUCCUGAAGAAUAUCUCCUACGUUGUUUAGCGAAGUCUACGUUGUGCAUUGAUUGUUAAAAUUGGUCAAUAUGCAGGUUGUCGACAGAAACGGUUACGUUUGCCAGUAACAACGCUCUAAACAUGCAUUAUGAAGCAAGAUCAUGGUGUAUUAAAUAAAAUAUGAUUUUUUUUUCUUAACUUCUCUAGCAUGAUUUGUACAUUCUAUCGAGACGUUUAUUCGCAAAUUUUCUCAAAGAGAGUAAUCGCGUGUUACUGGCACGCGGCAAGUUUACGACAGCCGUUGCACGUGCACGUUAGUGACAUAACUCGCAGCGAGUAAGAAAUGACAUUGGCGCAACGCACGUUCGAGGCUCAAAGUACAAUGAAUUCACAAGCGGUGAGUUUCGGCGUAAAGUGUAUCACAAAAGCGAAGUUGCCCCGUUAUCCGUUUCAUUCGUCGAACAUUCGCGUUUUAAAUGAUGACCGCGUGCGUAGCGACGAUUGCCAAUUAAGCGAUGUUCAUACCUGGGAAAGUUCACCGGGAUUUAUCGCGAGCGAACUCGCCUCGCAUCAGGCGGAAAAGUCGGGCGCACUAGUUAACUUUCUCGCGAAUGGAAGCGACGAUUCGCGACGUCGCACGGCGCGGCGAGCUGAAGUUAAGGAUCCAAACCCCAAACGAAUCGCUCGGAUUGUGGUGAGAAUAAUCACUGGUUGACGCCGAACGAUCGAGUUGAUCGCCACGGAUCGAGAUCGACUCGAUUUCUAUCUAAUAUGACUGUGCGCGGGCAACGACGCCGCCAAAGCGGAGAAAGCGAGAGAGGAAAGUGGUAUAUACUGCGGUGUACAUGUAGAUUGGACAAGCAGUCGCGCUGAUGGAUUAUGUCAAUGAUGCACAAAUUUUUGUUCGGCAUCGACUCGGCUGGAUACAGCCAUUCGCCGCAAAUCAAUUCUCGAUUGUGGACGCGCGAAUAGAUUUAUAAGAUGCAGACGAUUCGCGUUAUCUUAAUUUUAAUUUCUCUUUUUUAUUAUUAUCUCGAAUAUAUAAGUUAUGUCUUAAUUAGGAGGAUAAAUUUAUUCAGUUCGAGGAAACGUUGUUUCUCCGUUCUAUCAUUUGUUCUUACUCCUUUCGUCAUCGUCGCGUGCGCGUAUCGGAUCGAAUCGGCUCGCGCUGAGAGCCAAUUCGGAGUUUGUGCAUCGUUGGAUUGUGUAAUUUAACCUUGUAUAUAGGGUACAUUUUGUAUAUUGUUAAAAGUUUGUGUGAUAUAAAUGGUUAUGUAUUUACUAUCGAACGCGAACGGCGUACGGCUACUACGGUAUUUCGCGGUUCUGCGUCGUCGAGUGCAUCGCGCAGUGGCGCCAUCUGCCACAUUGUCCGACAACGGAACGCAAAUAAUUAACAGUCCUAUUUGAUUUUGUCCUUUUGGCAUUAAUUAAUCGGUUCGUCGAAUUAUUUGGCCCGAGCAUGAACAUUAAACUUCACGCUAUUGCGCGAUGUAUUUGCGCAUUCUUUGAAAUUUAACAACUCGACUCAUUGUCAGUUUCGCGACAAAAACGCUCUUCUCGGCGAUUCUCUCCUCUGGAUCAAGAAACAAAGCCCAGGGACAAUCGUAAAAAAUCUGCGAGAACAGAGGGCAGAAUCGCGCGUUUGGUGCAAUCACGUUUGGUGCGAUGACGUUAGGUAGAUCGCGGGCACUGCGCUUACUGCACUUGGCACUUUGCAGGACCGGAAGUAAGCGCGCGAGCACGAACAGUCCUCCUGCUGAGCAGCACGCGCGUGGACCGCGAUUCAUGCGCGUCUAGUUAAUUUUGUUAUUUGAUUUAUUUCGGACUCUUCAUAUUCGGGACCCGACGUCUGUAUGUGGUUUCGCGGCCUCUUGUAAAAUACAAUUACACAUGGAAACACACCAUACGAACACACGUUUAUUAAUUAAUAAAAAUCACAAGUUUUUAGAAAACGAGCAA